ACCGCAGCCUCUCUUCUCGUCUACUCUCGCAUUCGUGUGGCAAUCCCACUUGUUGACAUUGAAUUAGUUUGUCCAUAUUUGUCUGUGUCUUGGAAAGAAAGCUGCGCGGUGUCCGCGAUUCGCAGCCGUUCGCCAGCAUGCGAAUUUCGUGACUUUUCCGGCCGACCUACGGCGAGGAACCGCAUCCGAGAACAACGGCAAUCUGCAAACGAGCGUGGGAAACGUCCGUCGGCGAGAGCAAGUUGGCCCAGUCAGGGAACAUGCACCUUUGAAAAUGCAACGGAACGUAUCGUUGGAGAAGGUGAUCGGUCUGACAGCCAAAAGCAACGCGUCCCUAUCAUGCGACCCGAACAACGAUCUGGUUGCCUACCCUGCAGGGUGCACCGUGGUGCUGCUCAACACGAGGAAGGGUCACCAGAGCCAUUUGCUAAAUUCCUCGAGGAAGACUGUGGUCAGUUUGGCAUACUCGCCGGAUGGCAAAUAUCUCGCCACUGGAGAAUGCGGCCACCAACCAGCCCUCAGGGUGUGGGACAUGUCCCUGCCCAACUAUGCCCCAGUGGCCGAGCUUAUGGGCCACAAAUACGGCAUAAAUUGUGUGGCCUUUUCACCGAGCAUGCGGUACAUCGUGUCUGUCGGCACCCAACACGACAUGAUCGUCAACGUCUGGGACUGGAAAGUUGGAGUAAAGGUUGCCAGCAAUAAAGUUAGUGCCAAAGUCAAAGCUGUCGCUUUCUCUGAAAACGGCAGCUAUUUCGUAACCGUGGGCAAUAGGAAUGUUAAAUUCUGGUACUUGGAGCACUCAAGAUUUACAAAAUACAAAGAAGCAGUGCCAUUGAUGGGAAGAUCUGCAAUUUUGGGCGAGCAACGAAACAACUACUUCAACGAUGUCGCUUGCGGCAAAGGCUCUGCUGGGGAUUAUACCUUCGCCAUUACAAAGUCGGGCAUGCUUUGUGAAUUCAACAAUAGAAGACUGUUAGAUAAGUGGGUGGAUUUGAAGACGAACGGAGCACACUGUCUGUCUGUAGGGCAAGACAUUAUUGUAGUUGGAUGCAAUGAUGGCAUUGUUCGAUGCUUCCACCCUCUCACCCUGCAAUUCACAUCAACCCUCCCAAGGCCUCAUUUCAUAGGUGUAGACGUCGCACAAGCCCUCAAUAUAAUGCAAAUUGCUAACCAAAUGAAAGAUGUUACUUAUCCAGACACGAUUGCUGUCACCUUGGAUGAAAUAAACAACAAAGUCAUCAGCAUCUAUAGCGACCACAGCAUCUAUGUGUGGGAUGUCAAGGAUAUCCGAAGGGUUGGAAAGUCGCAUUCCUUCUUGUAUCAUUCCGCCUGCAUCUGGGGUGUUGAGAUGUACCCAAGCAAUGAGCACAACUCUGAUAUGGCAGUGCCGCCAGGCUGUUUCAUAACCUGCUCCAGUGACAACAGCAUCAGGUUUUGGACUGUUGAUUCCAGGAACCAGCCAAUCAACCCAGCUUUCAGGAACAUCUACAGCGAUGAGUUAAUCAAAACAAUUUUCAUCGACAACACAAGUUCUAAGAAAAAGGCUGACCCCAACAAUGGCAAAGAGUACGACGGCCAAAACGGUGUCCGGUCUGUCCGCGUCAGUCCAGAUGGACAACAUUUAGCCUCAGGCGAUCGCGAGGGAAAUAUUCGAAUCUACGAUAUGAUGACUUUUGAAGAAAUCUGUCGCAUCGAGGCGCACGAUGCUGAGGUCCUUAGCCUCGAGUAUAGCCCUCUUACAACCAAAAACCGGUUUCUGUCAUCGGCAUCCAGAGACAGAUUGAUUCACGUCUUCAAUGCUGAUGAUAACUACUCCUUCUUGCAAACACUUGACGAUCACAGUUCAUCCAUCACAGCUGUAAAAUUUUUGUGCCAAGGUAGUAGACUGUGGCUUGCGUCCUGUGGAGCCGACAAAACUAUCAUCUUCAGGCACUUGCAGCCGGGUAACCCUCCAUUGUUCGUGAGAGAUCACAUCAUUGUGGGCAAGACAACCCUCUAUGAUAUGGAAGCAAGUUUUGGGGAUCGACAAGUGGUGACCGCCUGCCAAGACAGAAAUAUAAGGGUAUUUGAUGUUUCAACUGGAAAACUCAACAAAUCCUACAAGGGCUCAUAUGCAGAGGAAGGCUCUCUGAUUAAGGUUGUGGUUGACCAUUCUGGCAAGUUUCUUGCUUCGAGUUGUACCGACAAAACACUCUGCCUGAUAGACUACAACUCCGGCGAGUGUUUGUCCACUAUGAUGGGUCACUCGGAACUUGUCACGGGCCUCAAAUUCACAGAAGAUGGCAAGUACUUAAUUUCAGCCUCUGGAGACAGCUGUCUCUUUGUGUGGAAGCUACCUCAGUUCAUGGCAACUCAGCCUGAAUACCAACCUCCGCCGAAAGAAGAGUACAACAUGGGCCAACUCUUAGGACAACUACCGCCAUGGGCGGCCAAGCAGUCGAGAAUUGAAUUUAUGUCGCUGACUAACGCAAGCCCAAAACAAAUUGAUAUGCCGAAAGGACGCUGGGCGCAGAAAAUGGACACAAAAUCCAGUGGAAUCAGGAGCGUUAACAGCUUCUCCAGCGUUAUUCCCACAGUAACUUUAGCAAGUGAUGAUGGUAACCCUGUGAUUUUGAUAACAGGCAAUGAUGACACGCAGAGUAUGCCUACAGAAUACCACUCAUUAGGUUCUGACCCACCAAAACACGAUAAUCUAACUUAUGAGGCGGGAGUAGAUGGCGAUGUUGAGGAUUGUUCAGACGGGGAACCAACUCAUGGGAAAGGCAAAGGAGUGGUUUACUACCCAAGCCAGGAGGACAGCAACAGUGAAUACACAAUCAGGUCUUUGGAUGUUAACGAGCUGCUUCUUGAACGGAGGCUCCAGACUGAUUAUUCAGCCACUGAUUCGCCUAGCAACUCAAAAUUUGGUAGUCCUGACAGUGAUAUGGAUGAUGGCGCCUCAACUCCAAGCACCAAUGAGCCUACGGAGAAAAAUUUCCCUUCUCUGCUUUCUGGAAGCACUGAAAGUUUGGACAAAACCGAUUUCGAAGACCGAUUUGUCAAGUCAAACUUUGACUCUCUAGGCGGCUCAGAAGCUCAAAUUGCAGAUCGCUGGGGUGCAGGCAACAGUUUGACAUCUCAAUUUAUGACCAAGUUCAACAAUGCUAGAAACUUGGCUCUGAUCACUGCUGCUCGGCAAACCAAGGAUGAACUGAACAGUGCUCGCAAGAGAGAAGAGCUCCAGAAGAGAAUUGAGGCAACAAGGAAAAAGUUGCAUAGUGUUGGCUUUAGGGCUCCACUCACAAAUUCGCAAAGUUCAAUGGAUUUGAGAAGAAUAGGAGACAAUACCAGAUUUAUUUCAAGUCUUUCAAAAGCCAAACCCAACAAGGACGACAGCAGUGGGGGAGGUGGUUUACGUCGUUCAAUUUCAUUGAGUAACCUGACAGGUCCCAAACCUGCUGAUAAGUCUGGUGAAAAGGAACCUGCCAAUGCUUAUGGUCCAUUGAUGGACAAACUUUCACAUUGCGCUUCAUAUGAAGUUUUGUAUCAGGUUGAUGACAGGCCUGUUCCACCUGUCCGAAGGAAUUCUGUAAGCUCACUAAACAAAUCAAAGUCUUUGUCUUCCAGUAGAAGGAAUUUCAAGAAACUAUCUGCUUCUACAGACAACAUCGCCCACUUGGGAGCAGAUAGUGGUGGGUACUCGAGCUCAGAAGAAGCCAUCAAGCAUGCGAGAAGGAUGCCCAAUAGGGAUUUGAAUUCUGCUUCUCCACUUUCUACCCGAAGUGAUGGACAUUCAGAUCGAAUUCCAAUUAGUCCCACUACAUCAGUCACCCCUGAUAAAAUCACCAAAGAAUUGUGCCUAAAAACUGCCGAAUUACUGGAGCAGAGUGCGGAGGCGUUGAUUCAGCUGCACAAAAGAAUUUCGGAGGAAGUUGGGCCUAAUAACAGCAGUGAGCUUUUGCAAACCUUAAGUGCUGCUGCCGCUCAAACGCAGAAAAAGCUGCAAUCUGUGAUUCCCACGGUUGGAGCUGGAAUUGUGCCUGGCGGCGCCAAUCAGCCUCCAAUGCAGGGAGACAUGGUGCUCAUCAUGCAGCAGUACAGUGAUAUGCUCGUCUCCAUGGUCCAGCAGCAGAUUUCCCACAACCCACCUUAACAUUCCAAAUUCUAAGACUACUUUCGUUUCUACUCAUCACAAAUUGUAAUCAUGCAUUAUAUAUUCUAUUUACAAGCUUUUAUGAUUAACUAAAAAUAUAUUUACCAUUAAGCUCACAAUGAAAACAAAAA